UCAGCUUCUCUAUAUUAAUUCGGUGUCCCAUAAUUACCCUAUUAAAGAUUAAAAAUGAACAAACUCGUCUUCCUCCUGCCAAUCACUCUCCUCCUCCUCCUCCUUCUCCCAGCGCUAACCCACGCCGACUGCAGCUGCGAUCUCGAUCAAGAAGACGGCAAGCGGCCCCGCGCGCUCUCAUUAAAGCUCGCUGCACUCUUCUCCAUCCUCACCGCCGGUUUCAUCGGCGUCUAUCUCCCAUCCUUAGGGAAAUGGCUCCCCGCCAUCAGCCCGGAGAAGAACAUUUUCUUCGUCAUCAAAGCCUUCGCCGCCGGCGUUAUUCUCUCCACGGGCUUCAUCCACAUACUCCCGGACGCCUUCUCGAAUCUAACUUCGCCGUGCUUAAAUCCACACCCAUGGCAGGAUUUCCCCUUCGCCGGAUUCUUCGCGAUGGUGGCGGCGAUAGGAACUUUGGUCAUAGAUACUGUGGCGACUGGGUACUACAAUCGGAUUCAUAAUGGGAAAGUGAUUGAGAAGCUGGCAGGGGCCGAUGAAGAGGGAGGCGCUGGGCAGGUACAUGUGCAUACCCAUGCAAAUCAUGGCCAUGCGCACGGGAUGGGUACCUCUGUUCCCGACGAAGGCGAAGAUCUUAUUCGGCGACGAGUUAUAUCGCAGGUGAUGGCUUUUCUUCGAUUAAAAAAAGGAGGAAUCUUUGGCUUUUUGGGAUCAUUUCAAUUUUUAGGGAUUUCAUCAGCAUGGCUCUCGUUGGAGGCAAAAUUCAAAAUUAGGCCGAUGAUUACUAUGAUAGUUUUCUUUUCCUUGACAACGCCGGUUGGAAUAGCUGUUGGCAUUGGAAUCUCAUCAGUUUACCACGAGAACAGCCCAAAAGCUCUCAUUGUUGAAGGCAUACUGAAUUCCGGAGCUGCUGGGAUUUUGAUUUACAUGGCUCUCGUUGAUCUUCUUGCUGAAGAUUUCAUGAACCCUAAGAUCCAGUCAAAUACAACCCUGCUAAUCAUGACAAAUAUUGCCUUACUAGUUGGUGCUGGCUGCAUGUCCCUUUUAGCCAAAUGGGCUUAAAUUACUGCAUAGUACCGAAAUUGGUGGAAAACUUUUGCUUCUCAUAAAGUUUUUUACUUCUUUUGUAAUGAUUUUUCAGUAAUUUAGGUAUUGUUUGGGGAGAGAUUAUUUUGUGUGGACGUCGAACGCAAUUCACCAUCCGGAGAUCAAUCAGAAUGCGCCACAUCAGUGAUAUUGAGCUCAGUACUGAGCAGUACUUAGCCGCGAUAUCGAGCAUCACUUAGCCGGGUACCGAGCAGGAGGCGACAUGGCGCUUCUAGUUGGUCUUCAGACGGCGUUCGACGUCCGCACAUAAUAAUUUCACUUGUUUGGAAUGACUUUUUUAUUGUUUUUUAAAAUAAAAUUUUAAAUUUUAAGAAGCAAUAAAAAAGUAGUCCCAAACGUAACAAUGUUGGGGUUGUUUUAUGUGAAUGUUAUGAUGAUGCUAUGUUUUGUUAAGUUGAAUGAAAUAAAAGCAUUUUAGCUGCAUAUAUAUUAA